AUGGAUGUGAUACAAAUACGACGACGAUAUCUCGAUGUCAACAUCGCCGAUGGGUCGCUCUGCCAGACCAUUGCCGCGAUCGUCCCUUGCAUGGUACUUGGCUUCGUCGCGCUGGCGAUGCGUCUAGCUUCCAGACACGCCAAAGGGGUGAAAUAUCUCAUGAGCGAUUACCUCGCCAUCUGUGGUUUUAUCUGCUCAUGGGUCGUGUCUUUGAUUGUGAUACAAGAGGCAAGAUUUGGACAAAUUCGCCCAGUGACAGUCUCCCUUCAACGCGAGACCCUCAAGAUCAGUUUCGUCUCGGGAAUUCUCUACGGCACUGGUUUUACCUUGAUAAAGUUGUCCAUUAUUAUGCUCUACCGACAGCUUUUCCCUACGCGCUUCAUCCGUAUAAGUACUGCCAUUUUGGCUGCCUGCGUCGUAGGGUGGGGUCUUGCACUUGUGCUUGCAACCGUCUUUAGCUGUCGGCCUGUUAACGGCUUCUGGGACGUCGAUAUACCUUCCAAAUGUAUCAAUACGAAGUGGUUCUGCGUUGGCAACGGGAUAACUAAUAUGAUCACUGAUAUGUUUCUAUUAUGUCUGCCUGUGCGCGAGGUAUGGCGUCUUCAACUUAGCUGGCGUUCCAAGGCCGGUAUCAGUGGUCUUUUUAUUUUGGGUGGUUUUGUCAUAGUCGCAAGCGGUCUUCGUAUUGGCUCCAUGCUAGUCACCGAGUCUAGCAAUCUCACUUGGACUUAUGUUGAUGUUAGUGUUUGGGCAAGCAUCGAGAUAAACGUUGCCGUUAUGUGUUGUUGCUUUCCCACUGUCCGGCCAAUUCUGGUUUGGCUUGUACCCCAAUCCUUCAAACGCACACGCAGUGGAAAGCCAGAUGAAACGGAUCAACCAAGUUAUAAACUACUCCCCUUACGUAUCAGACCUGUGACUGGAUUUGACCUCAAGAUCCAUAACACUCAAGAUAGUCUUGCCCCGUUGCAGAGUGUGGUUGCUCGGUCGGACUAG